AUGGCUAGUGAGGAGAGUUUUAUUGUUUUGGUUCACCACAGAGGAUCCAUUAAGAGAAAAACUCGUUCCGGCGUGAAGUUCACAAAUAAGGAUCCUCUCUGUAUUGUCAUGACUCCUACGACGAGCUAUGAUGACCUUGUUAGAUCUAUACUGAUGAAACUUAGUCUGGAAGGUGCGAAGCGAGUUAAGAAGUUUUUCUAUCGCAUUCCAAUCACGGUCCUCCAGGAUACCGUGAAGUAUGAUUGUUUCACGAUUGGUAGUGACGAGGACUUGCAAAUCAUGUUUCUUUGUCGGCGGCAGUUUCUCGAGGUGAGGACACCAGAAUUGUUGGCAAAGCUGGUUGAUGUGGUAUCCAGCUCAGGGGGUUCGAACCGGAAUACCACCACUUUAGCCACGGCAGCCGGUUCUAGUUCCAGGCCUGCCGUUGCUUCUUCCUCCGUCCCUAUGUACGAGCCAGUGGUCCAAGCUGUCGCCUCCCCGUCUUUUGCUGUUGAUCGCAAUGCUUGCGGCGCUGCACCGGUUGGGGUUGGAGACGGAUUGUUGGGUGAUGCAGAGGACGAUGACGUCGAGCCGGAUAUGAUUGAUGCGACAGCGGCGAUGAUGUUGGAGCGAUUUCGGGAUAAAGAUGAGGCCCUGUUAAGUGUGAAGACUUACAGCAUCCGGCGAGGGGUACAGUACAAGGUAGUGGAGUCUGAUUAUCGCCGGUAUGUGGGCAAGUGUUCUGAGUUUAGGAAUGGGUGCACAUGGUUGAUUCGAUUAAGUCUCCGGCAGCGCAAAGGGAUUUGGGAGGUCAAAUGGUACAAUGGACCUCACACUUGUCUUGCCACCUCCAUCUCGAGUGACCACAGGAGUUUGGAUUAUCACGUGAUAUCGGCGUUCAUUAUGCCAAUGGUUAGGGCUGAUGCAUCCGUUAGCAUCAAGGUGCUCCUGAAUGCCACGGUAGCACACUUUGGGUUUAGGCCGACGUACAGGAGGGUCUGGUUGGCGAAGCAGAAGGCUAUUGGCCUCAUAUACGGUGACUGGGAUGAGUCAUACAACAAGCUGCCCAGAUGGGUGUUGGGAGUUCAGUUGACGAUGCCUGGUACGGUUGCAGUCCUAAGGAUGAGCCCCGUUCGAGUUGGAGGACAGGUAGACGAGUCUCAAGCUUAUUUUCAUAGACUUUUCUGGACGUUUCCACCGUGCAUCGAGGCAUUCCGUCAUUGCAAGCCGCUAGUCAGCACUGAUGGCACCCAUCUGUAUGGCAAGUACGGGGGAACGUUGCUCAUCGCAGUUGCACAGGACGGGAACUCGAACAUUCUACCUGUUGCAUUCGCACUAGUAGAGGGUGAGAAUGCUGAGUCUUGGACAUUCUUUCUCUCCCACCUUCGUCAGCACGUGACACCACAGCCGGGUCUGCUGGUUAUAUCGGACAGGCAUAACAGCAUCAAGGCUGCGCUUGAGGCUCCUGACGGAGGUUGGUUACCUCCAUCUGCAUACCGUGCAUUUUGCAUUCGACACGUAGCUGCUAAUUUUGCCCUUACCUUCAAGGGCAAAGACGCACGGAGGCUUCUUGUGAAUACUGGUUUGAAAUUCUGCGGUCUGAAGACCCGGCGAUGUGUGAGUGGGCGAACCGGAUUGAUUAAUCCUUGUGGACUCAACAUCGUGAUGAGGGGCGGAGAUUCGGUCACAUGA